AAGGCUCUCUUCUUUCAAUACAAAAGCCGCUAUGUUCCUGUAAUGCUGACUUAACUCUUGUAAUGCUAACUUGACGCUUUUCGUCAAAGUCGCGUUCUUGUUUGCGAGAGUGUUGGAUUUAAUAUAUUCAGUUAAGUGCGGUUGCCGCGUCUAAAACUUUUGGUAAAAAAUACUACAAAGAAGAUCGUGCAGGAAUGAAGUUUUCGUUCGUGCUACUGUUCGGUUUCGCAUUCUUCGAACUCGUCAGAGCGACCGAACUUUAUGCAGAUACAUACGAUAACGUGGACAUCGAUGCGAUUCUUAAUAACCUACGUCUUUUUAAUCAAUAUAUGAAUUGUAUCCUAGAGAAUGGCUCUUGUACCGCCGAUGGACGUAAUCUUAGACGUAUAUUGCCAGAGGCAGUGGCUACAUGUUGCGAAAAGUGCACGUCAAGGCAGAAAGAAAUAGCAAAAAAGAUAUCCAUUCACUUGAAGGAAAACAAACCAGACAUUUGGACAAUGUUCAUCGAGAAAUUCGAUCCUAAGAAAGAGUACAUUACAGCUUUCGAGAAAUUUCUAGCACAAAAGGAGGAAUGAUGUUUACUUCGUUUACUUCUUCAAUGCAUCUUGCGCGCAUAUAAAUGCAUUGUAUCGUAGAAUUGUUCUUUUGCGUGCGCAUAUAAAUGAAAAAUUUAUGUACAAUAUAUAAAUAUAUACACUAUGCCGCAAGUAUUCCGCGGUAUUUUGUGCGUUUACUAUAGAAUAUGCCGCCGUAAGAGAUUCAAGCAAAAUAUCAGAUCUAAAUCGUUAUUUUAAUAACGAUUGGAUAGUGCGUUAAAGCGAUGUUGCUAGGCUCGUUUUCAUAGAAUACUCUUUUUUUCUAAUUGCAUGCAUAAAACUGCAAAUGCUUUUACAGCGUGAAAGUAUAAGCGAUAAUGAAUGCCGCAUACUAAAAAGUUGCAUCGAAAUCAACAAAAAAUUUUGUAUUUACUAUUAAAAAUGCGAUGCAGGUGUCAUAUUUAGUUUCAUGUGACAAAUUUAGAGCUCAUACGCUUCAAAUACAUAGUAUGAAGCAUAGAGAUGAGCCUCCAGGGCACGUAUUAUGAAACUUGUCGGAACAUUGAUUCCGAUCGGAAUAAUUCACUGGAAUUAUUUCCCCUAAAAAAGACAAUAGAAAUUUAGGAAAUAAUUAAAUAUUUCCGAUCGGAAUUGAUUCCGAUGAAUUUCAUAAUAUAUGUGCAGUUCGUUGUAGCAAUAAAAAAUAAAAGCCAAGGACAAUGA